AAUUCCCUCUAUAAUAAAUGGUUAAACAUUGUUUUUUUUUUCCAGAUCAUUACCGAAAUAUUUACUUCCCUUUCGACACGGAAACCGACACCGCUCUAAGCGUUGCAACCGAAAUGGUGUCCGAAUUGGACCUAACAAACCAAGACGGGACUAAAAUAGCCGAAAUGAUCGACGGCGAAAUCGCUUCAUUAAUACCCAACUGGAAAACCGAAUUCGCCCUAGAAGACACAAAUCAUAAAUUCUGUCAUAGUUGCGCUUCGGAUAGUAGUACUUCUUACAAGCCAGCUGGCAAGAGCCUCAAAGUUCUAGAAUGUACGAAAGACGGAUGUGGGUCCGGGUCCAUACAUGGCCGGUUCGAAGAGAUCACUUACCAAGUCGAAGAUUCCCUAGUGGGCCCCACCGAUCAAGAAAAUGAAACGUUCGAUCAAUUGGCAGAAAAUAAGGAUAUAAGGCAGGAGCUGAUGUGGCUCAAGGCCAAGAUCAAAGAUAAUUCGAAAGGGUACAAGGAUGACUUUGAGCUUAAAUUGCCUCCUUUAAAUUCCGAAAUAAACGUGGUUAAUCAAAUGGUGUAUAAUUCUUGUAGUCCGGUGCACCUUGCCACAGCCAAGAAUUUCUACGCUGGUGAAUGGGUCCCAGAUUCGAUUCACCGGGCAAGUUCUUUGCCGGUUGAUUAUGCUACGGGUUUCUAGAAUUUUUUUUUCUUUUUUCGUGGAGCUCGUAAAUUGUCGAAUUUUCAAGUGGAAAAGUUGCUCAUGAUCAAGUUCACUUGGAUUUGAUAUGAGUGGAUGUAUAUUGCAAUCUAAUUUUAUAUAGCAAAAACAGUAUAGAAAAAGGUGGCAUUUUCUUGUAUUAUAUCUUGUGGAGCAAAUGUAUACAUUCAUCUUGUAAUAAGAGAUUUCAUUUUCAAGUAUUUGGACAUCUAC